UUGAUUAGUUUAAUUGUUUCGGUACACUCAAGUCCUAUAUUUGGAUUUACCGUGAGAUGCUCAGCGGUUUUGAUUUAUUGCUUAUGAUUGGCAGUUCUAACUAAUUUUUAUCUCACGACAAUUAAGUCGAGGUUUUGUGUUAGGUUAAUGCAUUUGUAUUUUUCAGUACAGGGAUAGCUGAAUUGUGUGAAGUAUUUAUUAACAAGACAUGUCAGACUGUAGUGAUUAUGACAAGGUUUUCUCAUUUACAAGAUCGAGUGAUUUCACGGGGGUUUGUUUUUGGAAAUAGUGAUGACUUCAAUGACUUCAGAUUCACACAUGAUAUACUUUAUUUAAAGCAAACAUCUCAUUACUCGUUACAGGAACCAAGGAGCCCUGAAGAAGAUAACGAGAAAGAAUGGAUUCAAAAAAACAUCAAGAUGAGAGAAUGUUCACAUUUCAUUACGGACCCCAAAAAGGAACAAGACACAGAAUUGGAUAAUCCGCUAUGCUACUGCAAUUACCGAUAUAACCAACAUAGCAUAGACGCUCAGAAACAAAAGAAACAAACUGACGAAAUGACAAAAUGGGAUAACGGGAAACACACUAAGUCGGUCAUAACUAACGCUUUCGGAAAUAUAAAGUUUGAUGACUGUGGUGGAAUUGAAAGGAAGUAUGUGAGAGUAGAUGUCGACACAAAGAUGUCACACAUGCUGGAAUUGAUGACGAAAUUCUGGGGAAUGGGUAAGCCCAAUCUCCUCAUAUCCGUGACAGGGGGCGCUAAAAACUUCAACAUGAGCAAACGACUCCGGGACACAUUCCGACUUGGGCUUAUGAAGACUGUUCUUUCUACAGGUGCCUGGAUUGUAACAAGCGGCACCCACGCAGGAGUAGUGAAGCUUAUUGGCGAGGCUGUAAAGGAUUCUGGGAUUGCAUCGAAGAACAAAAACCAGGUUAUCUCCAUUGGAAUCGCACCCUGGGGUUGUGUACAGAAUAAAGAGGCUCUCAUUGAUGAAGAGAGCUGUGGAAAGUGGCCGGCGAAAUACCGGACAGAAAAAAAGCAACGCAUCAACGAGAGUUUUCUGGACCCGAAUCACUCCCAUUUCAUACUCGUAGACGAUGGCACACAACACCAGUUCGAUAUUGAGAUUCCAUUCAGGGCAAAACUGAAAAAGGAAAUAGCCAGCAUCAAAACUGAGACGAAAGAAGAUGCCAAACCGAUGCCUAACAUUCUUCUAGUUCUGGGGGGCGGUCCUGGCACACUUAAAAAUGUUUACCAGGCGAUAUUGAACAACACGCCCAUUGUCGUUGUGAAUGGCUCAGGUCGAGCAGCGGAUAUCCUCGCGUACGCCUAUCUCAACAGAAAGGAAGUGGGAAAUGAAACUAAGGACCAUGUUGGGGAAGAGCACACAACAAUGUUUCCGUAUGUGGAAGACAAGGUUAAGGAGAUGAUAAAACGCGAAUUCGGCAAUGAUGAAACAACAGAGACGCACCUGAAACGCAUUUGUGAAUGCCUCAAUAAAAGUGACCUUAUUUCUGUGUACGAAAUAGAAGGAAAAGGCGGGGUGAAGGAUAUAGAUGUUGCUAUUCUUCAGGCUCUGUUAAAAGCCAACAAGUACAAACUGAUGGACCUGUUGAAACUAGCACUGGCCUGGAACAGAAUUGAUGUGGCAAAGAGCGACAUUUUCAGAGAUGACAUGAAAUGGCCGACGCUGGACGACUCUGAUGAUGUAAUAUUCUCAGCCAUAUUACUCAACCGGGUCGACUUAAUUAAACUUUUUCUCGACCACAGUGAGAACCUCAACGAGCUCCUAACAAAAGACAAACUUCGUAUGUUGUUCAACAAGAUUCCGACCAACUGCUUACUGCGAACCUCACUGGGUAGCUCAGACAACGAUGAAGAUUCUCUGAAUGAUGUAGGAACGCUCAUUCGAACCCUUAUCGGAGACAACUUUCACAUUGACGAGCUUGAUAACGACAACACGACGGCUAUGAAGAACACAAACAAGGAAAACGUAGAGAAGACGUCCCUGAACAAGCCAUUUCAGCUCUUGUUUAUCUGGUCGAUACUGAUGAUAUAUCAGGAUAUGGCGAAACUAUUCUGGGCUGAAGGGAAGGGUGCCAUAGCUGCGGCUUUGGUUGGUAGCAGCCUGCUCAAGUCCAUGUUAAGGAAGAACCAUGACGCGGAGCUCGGCCAUAAAAUUAAGGAAUGCAUGAAGGAAUGGUCUGAAUUAGCUGUGGGAGUGUUGUCUGAAUGUCACUUAACAGACGAACACAAGGCCCAGGACCUGGUGGAACGGAAAUUGAGUAAAUGGGGCGAUACAUCGUGUAUGUUGAUUGCUGUGAAGGCAUACAACAAGGAUUUUAUCUCGCAAACCCCUUGUCAGUCUCUGCUUAACAGGAUAUUGUAUGGUAGACUGGUUCAGAACAAUUCGCUAUGGAGGCUCCUGCUGUGUUUGUUUUUCCCACCCUUGAUAUGUGUUCUGCCUGAUUUUACCAAACCUGAUACAUGCAGCCCAUGUGUUCAUCCGCCAGCGAGCACAACGGGUGACGACAGCAACAAAGAUUCCAACCAAGAAUCUCAUAACAGCCAAGAUUCUGUCAAUAACAAGAGGAAGAGUUCCGAAGAGUCGAAGAUGAAAGCUAAAGAUAAGUUCUACUACUUUUUUAAAGCUCCUGUCAUCAGCUUUAUGUAUAAUGUGUGUUCUCAUCUCGUGUUUCUCAGCCUGUACACGUACAUCCUGGUUUUCACCUUUAACACACAAGUAUCUGUGGAAGAGAUCAUUCUCAUUAUCUGGGUGUUCUCAUUCACAAUGGAGGAGAUCAGACAGAUGGUGACCAGCUCUUCAACAACAUUAGCCACGAAAUUGCAAAGCUACUUCACUGACACGUGGAACGUUGUUGACACCAUGACCAAUAUGUUGUUCAUUAUUGGAAUAACCCUGCGAUUCUUGCCUUAUGAGGGCACGUUCGAAGCUGCCAGGGUCGUCCUUGCUCUCAACUUUAUUACGUUUUUCCUAAGGUUGCUUUAUAUCUUCUCAGUUCACAAAGAACUGGGACCAAAACUUGUCAUGAUUGGCAAAAUGAUGAAGGACUUAAUCUACUUCUUUUUGAUCCUGAUGGUGUUCGUGCUCUCGUACGCGAUCGCCGCCCACUCCAUUCUCUAUCCAAACGCCCCGCUAACCUGGAAGACGGCGGUUCAGAUUAUCCGUAAAUCUUACUGGAACAUCUAUGGAGAGCUUUUCUUGGAAGAAAUUGAAGGUGAAGCUGACUGCUCGUACGAUGCUAUACUAUGGAUAAAUGGUACCCAAGCAAGGUGCCCGACGGACACAGGAAAGUUGGUAGUGCCGAUCAUGAUGGGCAUCUACAUGCUGCUUGCCAACGUUUUACUCCUUAACCUUCUCAUUGCAAUGUUCAGCAACACAUUCCAAAAAGUCCAGGACAACGCAGACAAACAUUGGGUUUUCAUGCGUUUCUCUCUAAUCCACGAGUACUACACGCGGCCUGUACUAUUUCCUCCGCUUAUUCUUCUCGCGCACAUAGUAUUGGUAUUCCGAUUUGUAUGUGAGUCAUGCUGUGGUAAGGCUAUGAAAAAGAAUAUUGAAGAAACUGACAAAUUUUUGUGUCGAAAGUUGAAGAAUGAUCUCGAGUUGACACAAUGGGAGAAAUUGAUUGCCGAUGCCUAUCAACAGAAAGACGUGCAGAGUCUUGAACACAAGGUGGAUAGCACACACGACAUGCUGGCCAAAAUGAAAACACAGCUGGAAAGUACUAAAAAAUCUGUGGAGUGGAUAAUUUCGACCCUUCAAAGCUCAAAGAAUGAGAAUAGGCAUAAAGAAACAUGUGCAUGAAAGUGACAUUCUCGGAUCCUUUUCAGAGCUGGGGAGAAUGUAUCACUGCCAUCAGUGCAUUGUGAGCUUGUAACAAUCUACCAGGAUCAUAUCUAUACUUUGUAAGACACGCCGCCGAGAGGAUAGAAGCAAACUGUCAAACCAGUUGCACUUCUCACAUCUGUACUUUAAAACUGACUCCGAGAGGCUUGGAGAGAUAGCAUUUUAGUCCAUCACGUGUUUGUCGGGUUUACUUGUAAUUUUAGUGCUUCUGUUAUAGUAUUGCAAGGCUUAAACAAAAACACAUGUGCAAUUAAUUUCAUAUGUGUAUAUUUUUUGUCACAGUGUAAUGUACUUUAUUUUGUCAUAUUGUAAUAUUCAUUUGUUUUGUCACAUUAAAAUAUACCUUUAUUUUGUCACAUUGGAAUGUACAUUUAUUUGUCACAUUGUUAUGUCUUUUAGGUUUUUACCUUGUCACUGAGAGCAUGGUCUUUAUUAAAUGUUUAGCAACUGAUCUUGGCCAUAUGGUUUCCAUGGUAUUAUUUAUCUAAUUUUUAUUUUGUUCCGGCAAAGCUCUGCUUUUGUCUUUAACUUCGCCUUUUUUACUAGAUAACCUACAAUAUUAAAUAGAUGUUACAACGUUAAGAUUUCUUUUAAGCUGCACAGGAUUUUUAAAUGGGUAGUUCUUGUUGAAAAAAAAAUGAAUUCAGGCAACUACAUGUUAUUAUCUUCCUAUUUUCUCUAUUUAUAUGAGAGUUAAUGCUUUUCCAUAUGUGUUAGUUAAGGCCGUCCUCCCUCAUAUACUUGUACUCAUUUGGGGAUAUAUUAACACACUUAUUAUUAACGCUUGUUUCACUUCAACAAAAAGAUUGAGACCAAGUGCCAAUUAAGUAGAAUGUUUAUAUUGUCAUUUUGUAUAUACAUGGAUUAUCAUUGUAUUAUUAAUUGUGUUUAGAUUUUUGGGUUAGUGUUUUAGUCCUCUACCUUGCAGAAAAACAAAGUUCCAUAGAAGAAGAUAUAAUAUCUACAAAAUCUGCGCUUGCACACGAAAUAUCAUAUACAUUUGCAGGUACAUCCAUCUAAAGCCUCUCCCUGUAUUUGAUAUAGUUCUAGAUUAAAAUGUUUGGUUUGUUAUCAUUAUGCUCUAGAAAAUAAUAUUUCUUUGCUUAAUUUAGAUUUUGUUGAAUGUUUCGUAUACUCGUUCUGGAUGCUGAACAUGUACCCGCCCGACGACGCUAAACAUAAAAUCAGUUUGGCAUGGGCUUAGAAACAAUGUACUGUAGUAUAUGUUUUAACCAUUUUUAGACAGAUUACUUCCGGCCCAUGAUUAUGUUAUCAGACAUCUGUAUAAAUUGAUGUUAGGUCAUAAAGCAGAAAAUGUUAUAUCGUAGGGAGCCCCUGGAAUGUCGUUAACAUACAUUUAAUUUCUGUAGAAACGCAGUAAAAACGAACAUUAUGAUAUAUAUUCUUAUUUGUUAACAACAUGCAAUUAUUUAGUUAUACCAAAUUAACAAAACUUUAUUCCGAAAUAACAAAUUUGUUUUCUGUUAAAACGAAAUAUUAUUUUACGAAACACUUCCAUAAUUUCUCUAGAACGAUUAAAAAAUAAAUCGGUAAAUAUUCUUUUUACUUCAGGCUCUCCGUAAUAUGACAGAGGUGAUCUAAUGAGCAUACUAUUGUCAACAUAACCGUUUUAUGUGUAUGAAGUAUUGUAAUGUUAAAGAUCAGUAUCCUACGCGGUUGUUUUGCUUGACGAGCAAAAUGGACCUGGAUUUCAGCUAUUUAUUUUUAUACGAUUUCAAUUCAAUUUUAUUAAAUUGCCGUAUGUUAUUUUUAAAAUAUUUUUAUAAAGAUUUGUUUUAUUUUUAAUUUUAAUCAUAAUCAAUAUCAUUAUUUCAUUAUCUCAAAUGGCUUCAUGUUGUUUUCAUGUUUGUAGGUUACCUUGUUUGAUUUCAUAUGUUGUAGUACGAUGUUUAACUUAGUAGAUAAAAUCCUUUAAAUGUUUUUCAGCUACAAGGACUCUUUGGUAUUUGUUGUUAUCAUUUUUCUAAAAAUUGAACCAACGUGUUUAACAGCUGUAACGACUGACCGACCAUUGGAUGAGCAUAAUAUUCCAUACAUGCAAAAAGUCAUUAUUGAUCAAGACUUUAAUCAUAUAAUGAAACAGUAACAUUUCUGAUAGCUUAUUACUACCUUUCAAUACCGCGUCUGGCCGGAUUAGUAUGACACUGGGUUUAUGAAGCAGACAGACUUGAUUGAACUAUCAUCUGAUUUGGUGUAUUCAUGUCCAGCUUCUGACAUGUCUUAUAUUUGUCUUGUCAAUGGUAAAACUUUGUCAUGUUUUUUAAUAAAAUCUCUUUAAUUUCUUUAAAUAAUAUAUGAGUUUUAUUCUAAUAUUUAAAGAUUAAAGGAAGUAUUUACUUGUUCGAGUAUACCGAAUUGUUAUAUACCUAUGUCAAGUUAUCUAUACAUAGUUACUAAAUAUAUAUUCAUGUAUUACUAUCUGCAUAAUAUGUUAACUACAUUAUUUUUCUGGUAUGUUACUUAGGCUAUUGAACACAUUUAACUAGAAAACAAUUCCUUACUUUUUAGGUACAUCUCAUUUAUCCUUGAGAGUGUUUCACCGUUUUAGUAACAUACCCUAUGGAUUAAAUACACUAUUAUAUAAUCAAUUUUAUCAGCGUUAAUUAUCCAGAGACUGCCAAUGUAUUCAUUCUGUUUUCAUCUUAAAGGGACUGUGUCACAGAUUUGUACCAAACAUUUUUUUUCCGUAACGAAUCUCAGGACAUUUAUCUAAUAGAGUGUGUUUACGCUUUGAUGACAUUAUUGUAAAAACAAGUACCAAAACGUAAAAAAAAGAUUGUGUCGGAGACCGGGUUCGAACCCGCGUCGCCAAAAUUGAAGUUCAGCGUCUUCCUAACUGAGCUAUCAAGGCUUACAAUAAACGGGUUACAUAAUUAAAGCUAGCUCGGUAAUAUCACGUGAUAACACCGACUAGCCAAUCAUGCAUAAGGAAUGAAUUCUACCUGGUAGACAUACCCAGUAAAAAAAAUAAUGGAAAAAUACGACAUAACUGCUAAACUUAAAUAAAUUUUAAACUAUGUGGUACUUUAAUUAGUAAGUUUGAAUGCAUUGUACACAUCGAUGCAAAGUUUAUGUCAUAGAUCGACAAACAUUUUUUCGCUAUUUUAUCAUCUGUGAGACAGUCCCUUUAAUU